AUGUACGCCGCUCAGAAUAUAACGCCAACAGUUUUGGAUGCCAUGAAUGGAAAUGUUUCCGAAUGGUAUAACGAAUGCGACAAUGCCAUUAGAAGGUCAGAAAUAGUUCCUGGAACUUACGAAUAUACAACUGCUGUUUCUUAUGGAAACGUAGGUGAGUUUGGAGAAGGUUCUUCAACAACAGUAGAUAUUGCUUGCGACAGGUUUCAUAUAAUUUCUAUUGACAACUCUUUCUUAUACGUGGAACAAGACAUUGAAAUAAAACCUUCUGCCAAGUUGUCUGACAAGAAAGGUUGCAAUGGAAUUUUCUAUGUCGGAUACCAAUAUGCUCCAGAAGUUUUCAUGGGAUAUAAGAUAUAUUCUAACUCUGACUUAGUUCAAACAGUAACAUGGGCAAACUAUGAAUGGUUCGCUUUAAGAAACUCAGUACAACCACAAGCUAGAGAACAAACAGACCAGUAUGCAACUAUUGAGAAAAUAAGAAGACUUGACCCUAACGUUCCAGGAGUUUAUGUUAACCUUUCUGGUUCAGAUGGAAAUGCUGUCACUAAAGUAAAACUGAAACUUAGAGUUCCUUUGUCAUCUUUCCUCAUCUUCAG